AUGGUGGGUAGAAAGAAGCGGAGUAUCAGUACGAGGAAUCAUUUUGCUGAGGCAAAUGGUGUACAACAGUACGGUACCGGUGAUUUUGGAAAUAGUAGCCAGUAUCGUGGCCAGUUUUCGAACGUUAACAGUAUGUGCCGUAAUGGGAGCCUUGUAGACUCCGACUAUUCCGCUAUGACAACAACCUUUCACCGAAGAUCAAAGCAGUACAACAAUCAUUUCAGUAACAAGAGUCAACAAAAUGUUGUCAACAAUAAUACUGCGGUAAAUAUGAAUGGAAAUUGUACAGCGCGCAGUGCAAGUCGGAAAACUAGCUCAACAUCUGCCGGUAGUAUUAUUUCGGGCGACCCUGAUGAGGAUGGCUUUUUAUCAGGAUCAGGACAAGAAAUUGAACCUGAUGAUUUACGGUGUACUGAAAGGCGAAGUGUGGCACUAAUGACCGAAAAAGAAUCGAGUUGCUCCGUAAGUACACAAACAGUUGAUGGUACGAACUCAGAUCUGUUGUUAGCUAUGUGCAAGAUGAAGCGUUCGCAACGAGUUGAAGCUAUUGCGGAGGUGAUCCAGUGCCUGAAUGCUUAUGAGCAAAGAUACAUAGGUUCAUGCGUAGAAACAGCUGUGCGUUCAAAGUCGUUGUAUCUACGACAGUAUGAAUUGCGCUACAAUGAUGUUUAUUUUUUGCAAAAUUUCGUAGAAUCAGCAUCAUGCAGUCGACUUCUGGAACUUGCCUUCCCGAUGCUGUGCCUUUUACAUUCUACAAACCGUCCAGCAGCUACUGCCUAUAUGCGGCUAAUAGAGCGGCUGUAUGAUGAACUUAUUACUGCAUCUGCUAACAGGUCGCCUUUCGAAAAGGAGGAAAUGUUAGAUUCGUUGCUUAUGGUGGUUUCCGCAGCGCAACAUCAUGCAGCUUUUUCUGUGGACCAUAAAAUCAGGCUUGAAAAUAUUCGAACAUGCUUAGGAACUUUGUCCUCUCAACCGGCUGCUCCGAUUGAGAAACAGAGUUGCGAAGCUUCUACGUCUGAAAAUGACGAUGUACCGGUUGUCAUAUCUCGUUUAGACGCUGAAGUUACGAAUGACGAUUCUUCUCCGAAUAUAUUUUCAAUAGCGAUUGAAUGGAGUGAUAUGAAAACGUCUUAUAUUGUCAGGACGGCUGAUCAAAUCGCUGAUUUGCACAAUCGUCUGUUGGAUAGUUUCCCGAGUGAAGCAGGGGCUCAGACGGGGAAUCCUCGCGUUCUCCCAUAUCUUAAUCGUUCGCAGCCUAGUUCUAUUUUGGGCUACAUUCGUGCACUACCAGAUCUUCCAGCUCGUGUUUUGGUUUGUCCUAUAGUGCGCGAUUUCUUUUAUCCAUCCCGGUUAGAAAGCUGUUCACUUUUUUCGGCUCCUCAGUCGUUAAUAUCACGUUCUUUGCCUUCUCUUAUUGAUCUGAAAAAGCCUCUAACAAGCAGUAGCACUCCUGCGCCGUCCAAUCUGCCCUUACCCGAAGUACCUGUGUGUCAUCCGUCAUUAUCUGUCACAUUUUUACCCGUAACAACUGUUUGUUCUGCUGGUUUGAUGGGUUGUACAAGUGUAGCCUGUCCACCAUUCUCGAUGACAAACGUACCUCCGCCACCUCGUGGCCCACUUUUAUCACUGACACGGCCACUCUCCCUAUUAGCUACUACCGCCAAUGUCCCAGCUUAUUCGUCGCUACUUUCACUACCUCCAAAUCCCAAUGGGUUAUCAUGUUGCAAUUGUGCUGGUCGUCAUCCCUUUGCAUAUUGUACCCAGCCAACGAUGCUACAAAUUAUCGCAAGUGGUGAAUACAGAAUUGAUUAUAACAAUAUGACAACAAGUAUGAAUUCCACCACUCUGCCAUCCGAGAUGACAGGAAGUGUUGCAUCAGUUAAUAAUUCCAUUUCACCACCAUCGACAAAAUUUUCAACACCACCACCGGCUCCAAAUUCCUACUGA